CAUUAAUACGGCCCAAUUGGCAAAUAAUUUUUAUCCUUAAAUAUAUAAUUUAAGGACAUUAUUCGGUUAAACGGACCGAAACGGGGACAUUUUUUUCAAAGCCUGAAAAGGCCUUCCUCAUAAAACUCAAAGCCAGCAGCAAGUGCAACGUAUGUACCUUUUUAAAAAGUUGUGUAUUUUGAGAAUAAUCAUCAUCACUAAAUAUAACAAACUCCACACUGUUAUAGAUCUGAGGUCACGCAGUUUCCGAUACUCAUUCCCAAUGGAAGGAAAACAGGACCAAGAAGUUAUCCAAAUGUCGGCCAGCCCUUACGCCAAUUUCGCUCCAGCUACCAAUCCAACCGCGGCUGAGAAAAGUGAAGCUCAGGCCCUGGCGAAGGAACGCCGCGAAGCGCAACAAGCUUUCGCGAGCAGAUGUGGCUUGGAUAAAUUCUGCAGAUUGGCAUGUACCUGCCUGGGUAGCAUGAUUUUGAUCGGUGUCCUUCUCGCCGCCAUAUUAGCCCUGCCAAUAGCAAUGAUUUACGUUGGUCGGAAAUACAACGACCGAUGUCCAGUUGAAGAUUUGCCAAAUAUUUUGCUUUCCGGUGGAAUCAUAUUCAUCAUCCAAGGAUUCGUAGCGCCAUGCUUUAAUGUGAAGAAGGAUGCGGCAAAAUUUUUCAAUGGAUUGGUCGCACUAGCCGAAUUGUGUUGGUUUAUUGCUGCCGCGGUAUUGGUUUACCGGUCGAAUAUUAGUGACAAUUUGAACGAUCCAAAUUAUUGUCAUCCUGCCGUUUAUAAGUUUGUCUGGUGGAUUGUUACUGUAAUCUUGGGCAGUUGUAUUGUAUCUAUUUCAAUUUGUUUAGGUGCAGUGUACCAUGUGAGACGGAGGAGAAAUAAUUUCUGAGGUUUACGUUAUGAAUUAUUGAGAAAAAUUUUGAACAUACUUAAUACAUUUUCCGGUAAAUUCUAUGCCAUUAAUUUGAUUUUGUAAGUAUGUAAGUAUAUAUAUAUAUUUCUUUCAAAUGACUGACUGCACAUCAAAAACAAUAAAGAUAGU